AUGGCUUCGUUACACAGAGACAAUACACCAAAUCACAACGUUGAUUACUGGAUUGGAGCUUACCAACGAACAAGCCAAGGAGCUGAAGAGAAAGAUGUCUGGAGAAACCUAUCAGUAUGCCAACUCCAAGCAUUGAACGUGAGAACAGAUCAGUGGUGCACCGUGACACUUAUUGAGAAAUCAGAAGAUAGGUUGAUCUUGGACUGGACCCAUUCCACCGACUGUCAGGUUGAGAAAACGUUUGACUUUGAUUUCAGUAAUAACUUCUGGAAGGAUGAUGAUCACACCGGAUGUGAUAGAAGUUCUAUGCAACGAGAUAGUCUAAAAUUCUCGCCUUAUCCCAAAUCUUAUCUCUCUCUCUCUCCUAACGAAUGUUACUACUCUUUUAGGUCUUUCCUCUGCUUCGGAUCAGGACAACCAUUAAACAUUUUUUUGAGAGACUUUGUGGCCAUGGCUGCCUCUCUCCAAUCCGCCUCUACGUUCCUUCAGGCCGCUAAAAUCUCCACCGCUCCUUCACGCGGCAGUGCUCACCUCCGGUCGACUCAGACAGUCGGGAAAUCUUUCGGACUAGAAACAUCCUCUGCUCGCCUCACAUGUUCCUUCCAAUCUGACUUCAAGGACUUGGCCGGUAAAUGCUCCGACGCUGUCAAAAUCGCUGGAUUCGCUCUCGCAACCUCUGCUCUCGUCGUCUCGGGAGCAAGUGCAGAGGGAGCUCCGAAGAGACUGACUUACGACGAGAUUCAGAGCAAGACUUACAUGGAAGUUAAGGGAACUGGAACGGCCAACCAGUGCCCAACUAUUGACGGUGGCUCCGAGACUUUCUCCUUCAAACCCGGAAAGUACGCUGGCAAGAAGUUCUGCUUCGAGCCUACUUCCUUCACCGUCAAGGCUGAGAGUGUUAGCAAGAAUGCGCCUCCUGAUUUCCAGAACACCAAGCUCAUGACCCGUCUCACCUACACUCUUGACGAGAUCGAAGGCCCCUUCGAGGUUUCUUCUGACGGAAGCGUUAACUUCAAGGAAGAAGACGGCAUCGACUACGCUGCUGUCACUGUCCAGCUUCCAGGAGGCGAGCGUGUGCCAUUCCUCUUCACCGUCAAGCAGCUUGACGCCUCUGGCAAACCAGACAACUUCUCUGGCAAAUUCUUAGUCCCUUCAUACCGUGGCUCCUCCUUCUUGGACCCUAAGGGCCGUGGUGGUUCCACAGGAUAUGACAACGCCGUUGCAUUGCCAGCUGGAGGCAGAGGUGACGAAGAGGAGCUUUCAAAAGAGAACGUGAAGAACACGGCAGCUUCGGUGGGAGAGAUCACUUUGAAAGUGACCAAGAGCAAACCUGAGACAGGAGAAGUGAUCGGAGUGUUCGAAAGUCUUCAGCCGUCGGAUACUGACUUGGGUGCCAAGGUACCUAAGGAUGUGAAGAUCCAAGGGGUGUGGUAUGGUCAACUUGAGUGAUCAUGUUAUCAUAUCUAAACAUCUUCUCUUUGUAUUUGAUUACAAUGAGUACAUCUUUUGAUGUUUCUUCUUCUUCUAUUAUAAAAAAAAUGCACAUGCCCUAAAUCUUAAGUUUUUUUUGUAUCCA